AGUAGCAGUUUUGUUUUUUGUUUUUGUUUUUCGUUUUCCAUUUGUGGGAGGAGAGAAAAUUUGUUUUUUUUUUUUUCUCUUUCAGAUUUUCUGGGCAUUCAAACAGGGGGCGAGUGGGAUGAAUUUAUGAAUCAAAUGUGAUGGGAAGUGGACUCUCCACCUUCGUCCCCUGCUUCAAACCGCCUUCUGAACAGACUAACCGUGCCGGUGCUUUGCUACCGGCGCAUCAGCGGGACCUGAUCUUUCCGGCGUCGGAGCCGUUGGAUGACACCCUUGGUCAUUCCUUCUGCUACGUCCGAUCCUCCAACCGCUUUCUCUCGCCGACGCCUUCUGAUCGCUUCCUUUCGCCUUCUCACUCCCUCCGCUUCUCUCCUUCUCACGACCUGAAGGCUCGGGCUGGACCGGAAACCGCUUUCAAGACUAUUUCGGGUGCCUCCGUCAGUGCCAAUACGUCUACACCCAGAACUGUCCUCCAACUUGGCAAUAUUUACGACGAUGCCACUGAGGAUACUCUCGGUUACGGCGUCAAGAGCAGUAUCGUUAACGGCAAUGGGUUCGAGAGUUCCUCGUCGUUUUGCGCCUUGCCGCUGCAGCCGCUGCCACGUGGCGGUGGGGGAGCGGGUCGUGACCAGAUGGAGCGGAGCGGGUUUUUUAUGUCGGGUCCGUUUGAGCGUGGGGCGAUGUCGGGUCCCUUCGAGGUGAACCCAGGGCAAGAAGGGAGGGUGCCUUUCUCGGCGCCGUUUGGGGGCAUUUAUGUGAGAAAGAAUAGGAAGAAGGGCAUUUCUGGGAUCUUGAGGAAUUUCUCGGAGAAGAAACGGCCCUGGGUGGUUCCGUGCCAGAGCUCCGUAGAAAGGGCUACUGCAGUGGGUGAAUCAGAGCUCACAAGUCUCUUUAUUGAACCGAAUCUGAGGCCAAUGAUUCGUCGCAAGUCUUAAGGUUUGGGUGAGGCGGAAGUUAAGGCUUUAAGCCUUAUCAUCACCGUGAACUCCACUAAUUUGUGGUUUAAUGACCGCACGCUUCAUUUGAGGGG